ACAAAACUCGUCUCUUUGAUGAACAACAGCUGUUUGGUACUGACUCAGAGUGAGUCUGUCAGCAAGGAGCGUUUUACACAAGUGGAUGGAGAAAAACUUUUGGAGGCAUUUCUGAGUGCUCUGGAUGAUCUGCUUCAUGCUGGCUUACAUGGUGAUAAUGCUAAAGUCUCAGCAAUGUUUAGUAUUGUGGAAAUCAUGCUAAAACUGAUCGGAUCUCAGCUGUCAAAAAGCGAGACCAGGAGAUUAAGCACUGAAACUGAAGUGGUGAUGUUGCGAAAGAGGGACAGUUCUCCACCUGAUUUGAUAAUGUCCACCAGCGAUACACAAUUUACCUCCCACUGGGACACAGCAACAGGAAAUAAUCACCUUGGCUUUACGACCGCAGCUUUCCUCAGCUACAAAAGUCUGGAGAAAUCACUCAACAGCUAUUUCAACCAUUUAGAGACAUGGCAAAACCAAACUUUCAAGAUCAAUUCAAAAGUAGUAACUGCCACUGUUAGUAACAAUGAGACAACCAAUCUAAAGAAACCAGUAAAUCUCACGUUUUCUCACUUGGAGAAAAAGAAUGAGAAGCAUAUCUGUGUGUUUUGGGAUCAUAAACUGGAAGGGGGCGCGUGGUCAACACGGGGCUGCACUACAGUGAGCUCCAGUGCCGAUCAGACCGUCUGCUCCUGUUCUCACCUCAGCAGUUUUGCUGUGCUGAUGGCUCUCUAUGACAUUGGGGAUGUAUACGAGCUGCGUCUGGUCACAUUGGUGGGACUGCCACUGUCUCUGGUCUGCCUCCUCAUCUGCAUUGUCACAUUUUACUUAGUGCAAUCCAUCCAGAGCACACGCAACACCAUCCACCUCCACCUCUGCAUCAGCCUCUUCAUCGCCUACUUUGUGUUCCUCGUGGGCAUCACCCGCACAGAGAAUAAGGUGGGCUGUGCAGUCGUUGCAGGCAUUCUGCAUUACUUCUUCCUGGCUUCCUUCUGCUGGAUGUGUCUGGAAGGAGUGCAGCUCUUCCGCAUGGUGGUGCUGGUCUUCAACACAACGCUGAGACCCAUCUACAUGUUUGCCGCUGGUUAUGGAGUUCCUGCUGUUAUUGUUGCCAUUUCAGCCAGAGUGAAUGCAAGCGGAUAUGGUACUGAUAACUACUGUUGGCUCAACAUUAAAGAUGGCUUCAUCUGGAGCUUUUAUGGGCCAGUUUGUGUCAUAAUUACUGUUAAUGUAUUCUUCUUCCUCAUAACAAUAUGGAAGCUGGCAGAAAAAUUUUCCUCCCUUAACCCAGACUUAAACAGUCUACGCAAAAUCAAGGCAUUUAUGGUCACUGCGAUUGCUCAGCUGUGUAUCCUUGGCAUCAUGUGGGUGUUUGGCUGUUUUCAGUUUGAUAAAGGCACUCUGGCAAUGUCAUACGUCUUCACUAUACUGAGCAGCCUGCAGGGGGUGCUGAUGUUCUUCAUGCACUGCUGGCUCUCAAAACAAGUGAGAGAGGAGUAUGCCAAAUUCCUGUCCUGUAUCUGUGCACCACAGAAGAGGAAAUAUACAGAGUACAACUCAAACCAAACAAGCAAAUCGCAGGCCUCCAGGAGCAAUAAUCACACUGGUGAAUCACACAUUUAAGAGGCCAUUUCAACAAACCAUUCAAUUUUUCAUCUGUUUGCAAGAGUGCUUUUCUGUGGAAAUGUUCAUAAAUUGUA